AUGGAGUCUGCUCUUAUUAAGUCCGCCUUCCUCGACUCGACUCCAACAUACGGUCACUCACCUUCGAAACCCACCGCACCUCACUUCACUCCAACCCCACGUUCAGGUCAACAUCCGCAAAGCACUCUCACCCUGAAGAGUGAUGGGAAGCACUGGGCUCGUCUACAAGAGUACAAAGUCAAGGUGCUGGGUAUACGCAAGAGCUACUGGACCAAUGACGUCUACGACGCUAUGUCGCAAUACGGUACCGUUGUGAGGAUAGAAAUACAGACAGGCGGCCGCGACAACAAUGCCUGGGUCGUGCCUAUCCCAGAGAAGAUUCUGCCUCCAAAAGUACAAAUCGGAAAGGAUUCUGCGAGGAUUGACGACUCGCGUUCAAGUUCGGUGCCGCCAACCGUCGUAAGCCCUGUCAACCCGGCAAAAGUGUAUUACGAGUUCAACAUACUCUUCGCAAACUCCAUUGAGUUUGGCACCAGGACUGCGGACAUGACAAUGGUCAGCAUGCAUACAGUCGAUGCACCUGGCAAAGUACAGGUGAUGUUGAGCCUAAAGCGCAAAGAAGUCGAUAUCCAAUUUCCACUCAACAUCAACAAUCAGAGUUCGAACGGAAAGCCACGCAAGUUCCGUUUCCGACUGCCAAUCUCUCUACUUUCACACAUCUACAAAGUUCAGAGCAAGGGUACCGAUCUGACCACAUUGAUUAUCCCCUUCGACUCUCCGCCACAGUUCUUCAUGCAGAGGAACGAGGGCGAAUCGACAGGCAGCAACACGUCACAGAACAGCUUCUCCGAGACGGAACGAAGCUGGAAUGACUGGAACACUUGGCAUCGUGAAACUGACAUUAUCGAUGUUGACACGAGGAAGCAGUUAGAGGGUAAGCCUUUGAUGAGCCACAAGGACAAGGCUAUCAUAGAUAUCGGUCGAUGGACCAGCUACCGAAUCUCAUUCGACACGCGACGUCUAACCGGACCACAAUUCGAGGAGUUCAGCGCCGCCCUGGCGGAUCAUGGGGUUGCUAUCGAAGACCUCGAAGAAUACACUGUGAAAGACAAGAGUAUUCCGCCUCUGCGCAAUCUGCUGCAAGAGGAGAUAUCCGGAACGCAUCCCCACUUUGAGCCGUCUAACACAGGGUCUGCUUUCGAUCUGUUCAACCAUCAAAUUCACUUAAACUUUCCGGUUCGUUAUCAACUCGAGGCUUGCCUGUCGAACGGCUACCUGAAAGAGCAUAGCAUCACGAACGAGUUUCUGGAGACACUCGCAUCUAUGGAUCCUGGCCGGGCUGUCCAUAUUCUUGAGAAGGUCGUCGACAAGCAGGACACUUACUACAAUUCGAUGGAUAUCUUCAAAAUUCGUAAUAAGGGCAGCCUUGAAAAAAAGGUGCCGAACUACUGUGUCCUCCAGCGAUCUGCCCUCAUCACACCCACCAUGGUGCAUGUUGCCUCUCCGAUCAUGGAGACCUCGAACCGGAUCAUACGCAAAUAUGCCGCAGAUGCCGAUCGUUUUAUACGCAUCAAGUUUUCGGACGAGAAAACUGAAGGAGGGCUACGUAACAUGCCCGGAGACAGGGCUGAAUCAACCUUCGAUCGAGUACGUCAAGCUAUGAAGUACGGUGUCGUUAUAGCCGGUCGUUACUACGAAUUUUUAGCGUUUGGAAACUCGCAGUUUCGAGAACACGGCGCCUACUUCUAUGCGCCUACCUCGUCCAAAUCAGCCGAUGACAUCAGACUAUCCCUGGGCCGGUUCGAUCACAUCAAGACUGUCGCUAAAUUCGGUGCUCGACUGGGUCAAUGCUUUUCUACUACCAGGGCGAUGCGAGUCAGCGUGAAGAUCCAGAAGAUCCCGGACGUCGAGCGGAAUGGCUACGUUUUCACUGAUGGCGUUGGUAAGAUAUCGCUUUUCCUCGCCCAGAUGGCUGCUCAAGAGCUCGGGCUCGCCAAUGCCUUCGACGACCCCCCGUCUCUAUAUCAAUUCCGCCUGGGAGGUUGCAAAGGCGUACUUGCUCUCGAUCCCAAGACCACAGGCAGUGAGGUACAUAUUCGCCCCAGCCAACAGAAGUUCGAAGCCGAGUAUACAGGCCUUGAGAUCAUUCGGUCUUCCGCACUUGCCACACCAUUUUUCAACCGACAAAUUAUCAUUGUUUUGUCCAACCUUGGCGUUCCGGACAAUAUCUUUGUGAAGAAACAGCAAGAUAUGGUAAACGACUACGAACUUGCCAUGACAGACGAGGAGACCGCUAUCGAAAAGCUUCGAAAGCAUAUCGACAUGAACCAGUCUACUCUUAUCAUGGCGAGUAUGGUGCUGGAUGGCUUCAUGGCUUCUCAAGAGCCAUUCAUGAUGUCACUACUCAGGCUUUGGCGUGCGUACACGAUCAAGAACCUCAAGGAGAAAGCUCGGAUUGCUGUUGACGAUGGAGCCUUUGUACUAGGUUGCGUCGACGAAACCGCAACACUGCAAGGUCAUAUGAACGCACAAUCGAAGCUUGCAACACGGGAUCAGAAGCUCAAGACUCUUCCCGAGAUCUUCCUACAGAUCAGCGACACUGACAAAAAGGGUCAGUACAAGAUCAUUCAAGGUGUUUGCAUUCUUGCUCGCAACCCCUCACUUCAUCCUGGAGAUCUUCGUGUAGUGCGUGCUGUCGAUGUACCAGCGCUUCAUCACCUUAAGAACGUAGUCGUCUUUCCUCAGACUGGAGAUCGAGACCUUGCCAACAUGUGCUCGGGAGGAGACCUCGAUGGUGAUGACUACAUGGUGUUGUGGGACAGCACGCUUAUACCUGAGCAUAUAAACCUGCCUCCUAUGGAUUUCACUCCCGAUAAGCCAUUGGAAACGAACAAGCCGAUCACCGCUGCAGACAUCAGUGAGUUCUUUGUAUUAUACAUGAAGAAUGAUUCGCUCGGUCAAAUUGCACACGCACAUCUUGCCCAGGCUGAUUGGAAGACUGACGGCGUGAUGGACGACACAUGCCUUGAACUUGCUCAACUCCAUUCACAGGCAGUUGAUUAUCCAAAAAGCGGCAUCCCGGCCAUGAUGAAUCGUGAUCUGAAGCCCCCAAAGUGGCCUCACUUCAUGGAGAAGAAGUAUCUUGCGGAGAACAAGAUCUAUCAAUCGAAGAAAAUCUUAGGGCAGCUGUAUGAUCAAGUGCAGCUAGUAGACUUUAAACCUCAGGCAGACAACGGCUUCGAUAAACGAAUCCUGGAAGCAUUCAAACUCGAGGAUACUAUGCUGCUUGAAGCUGCUGAAGUCAAGACAGCUUACGACGAGGCGUUGAGGCGGCUAAUGGCUAAGCAUAGCAUCCAUACUGAGUUUGAAGCUUGGUCUGUCUUUGUCUUGAGCCAUAACCACGAGAGCCGCGAUUACAAGUUCGCGGAGGAGUUCGGUAGGACUGUCGGAGUUCUCAAGGCCCAGUUCCGUGAAACCUGCCGUGCUGCCGCUGGAAUCACGGGUGUUGCUGAUCAGACUAAGCUUGGCCCAUUCGUAGCGGCAAUGUAUCAGGUAACCGCAAAAGAGGUGGAAGCAGCGUUGCAGGAAACCAAGGAUCCUGGAAAGAUGCCACUGAUAUCUUUUCCGUGGCUCUUUGCCAGCGAACUUGGCAAGAUAGCAACCAGAACCAGCGUUCCGGUUCAAGUGCUGGAGCCUGUUAUUCACCAGAAGCUGCCUCGUCGCCAGAAGAACGACAGCCAUACAGAAGAAGGAGUCACACGUUACGGAGAGCUGCUAAGCCUGGACUUCGGCUCUGUACAAUCUGAAUCUAAGUUGUCAGCGAAUCAGUCAUCAGCGCAACAACCAUCGGCCGAACAGCUGCAAGGACUGGAGAUGGAGAUAGACACGAAGAGCAAGAAGCCUUCGGCGUUGGACAUGCUCAACCGCCUGGGUUGAGGAAUGACAUGAGUGGUUACGGGAAGUUGGACCGCUUCAUCACAAAGAAGACCACCAACAGCUGGCUUCUUGUCCAUGAGAUAGUGAUUACUACAGUACUUUGUUAGACUUUGCAGCUGAGUCUCCUUGAUCUCCGUUACUAUCAUGCCAGGGCAGGAAGAUACAGAAAAACAUAUGGCAUUGAUUGCCAGCAGGCCUGACGGACGAGAUAGACCAGCAUGAAUAGCUUUAAGAAUCACAAAAAAAAAUUGAAAAUAAUCAUAGACUACACUAAUGCUGUCCACUAUUGCGAAGCUUCACACAACAC